UGAAGGCAAGUUCCUCUACUAUUAAAGCAGAGGAGAUAGCAGAUGUAUCUAAUGCUACUAUUGUCGAUUGUGAGACUGCCGAAUUAUUGGAGAAUAAACCAAAGAAGACUUUAGAAGAGAUGCGCUCUUUAGACCGGCAUCAUAUUGUGGAAUGUUAUGAGAUUUCACCUGAAUUAUUGACCGAAGAUUUCAUUUCAAAAUAUGGGGAUUUUAAUCAUAUGAAAUGGUUCAGAGCUUAUAGACA